CCCCCCCUGCCCGCCUGGUGAAGGAGGAGUUUGUCCAUGACUGUGUCCAGAUGGAGGUGCCCACGGGGUUGGGCUCCCCCGCCAGCGACCACGGCCCGGGGGCCAAGCUCCCACCCCGGGGAAUGCCCCCCGCCGAGUCCUACCGCCAGCCACUGCCCUCCCUCCAGCUGCCCGAGCCUCCCCGCGCCCCCGUAAACAUCUACCCCACCCUGCCCAUGUCACCCACGGCAGUGGCCCCCGGGGGCCCCCUGCUGUCCAUGGCACAUGGCGAGGGACUGCAGCAAAUCGGCUCCCCGCGCCAGCCCAUGGCGCCCACCCCACCCCCAGCCCCACCAGCCUCGCAGCAGAACGGCUACCCCGCGCCCCCCAAGCAGUCCUACCACAGCACGCCAGCCAGUUGGACGGGCAGCAGCACAGCGGUCUACACCCCCAGCCUGGGGGGCCAGCAGCCCACCCCCCCGCCGCCCCCUCCACCGCCGCCGCAGCAGAACGGACGGAGCCACCCGCAGCCCCCGCUCCAUCACCCCAACCACUACUGGCCCCCGCACCAUAACGCGGCUCCCUACCAGCAGCCAGUCUCCAGCCACCCGGGGCCGGAGUUCUGGUGCUCCAUCGCCUACUUCGAGAUGGAUGUGCAGGUCGGGGAGAUCUUCAAGGUGCCGUCCAGCUGCCCCGUGGUGACGGUGGACGGCUACGUGGACCCCUCGGGGGGCGACCGCUUCUGCCUGGGGCAGCUCUCCAACGUGCACCGCACGGACGCCAGCGAGCGGGCCAGGCUGCACAUCGGCAAGGGGGUGCAGCUGGAGUGCCGGGGCGAGGGCGACGUCUGGAUGCGCUGCCUGAGCGACCACGCUGUCUUCGUGCAGAGCUACUACCUGGACCGGGAGGCUGGGCGCGCCCCGGGCGACGCCGUGCACAAGAUCUACCCCGGCGCCUACAUCAAGGUGUUCGACCUGCGGCAGUGCCACCGCCAGAUGCAGCAGCAGGCGGCCACGGCGCAAGCGGCAGCUGCGGCACAGGCAGCGGCGGUAGCGGGGAACAUCCCGGGGCCCGGCUCCGUGGGAGGCAUCGCACCGGCUGUUAGCCUCUCUGCUGCCGCCGGGAUCGGCGUGGACGACCUGCGGCGCCUCUGCAUCCUGCGUCUGAGCUUCGUCAAGGGCUGGGGGCCGGACUACCCCCGCCAGAGCAUCAAGCACACCCCCUGCUGGAUCGAGGUGCACCUGCACCGCGCCCUGCAGCUGCUGGACGAGGUGCUGCACACCAUGCCCAUGGCCGACCCGGGGCCCGUCAACUAGUGGGGCACCACCCGGCCACGCGGCUUCCAGCCUCGGCUUUAAAGGGCCGGCGCUGCCUUCCAUCCAUGAGCGUCCGUGGGGCCUUAUCUUACCAUGUGGGGUGCCCGGACUCCCCCCUCCCCCACGAUCCUGCCCCUCCCACUGAGCCCUGAACCGGCCGCCACCCUGGAGCCAAAGCGAGCCGGCCCCAUCGGAGCGCCCCGGCUGCCGGGAGUCUCUGGGCUCUGUCGAGACUCUAGCAAGGGAGCGACUGCCCAGAUCUGCUGGUCCCCUCUGGGCUCUGCCAGGGCUCGUUCUGGGGGCGCGGGCACGCCGACCGGCCGGGGACUGUCUAGCCUGCUGGGUCUCUUCCAGCUCGGUGAUCUAGGAGGCGUUUUAUCCUUCCCUCCCCUGCUCCAUCCACCCACCCCAUCCCUCGGGCGACACUUCCUCCUCGUCUCUCCCCUUUGCCCCACGCUCGGCCAGGAGCUGCCCUGCGGGGAGGGGGUUCUGGGCGGCUGCUCUCCCUCCCCCUCCAUGAAAGCCCUCCCGGUCGCACUCGCUUCUUGGGGCGGUUUAAUUUAAAUUGUAAUAAAAAGCCAAAUAACGAGGGCCCUACCAAAUUCACGGCCAUGAAGAACGCAUCACGGACCGUGAAAUGUGGCCUCCCCCCGUGAAAUCGGGUCUUUUGUGUGCUUUUACCCUAUGCUAUACAAAUUUCACAGGGGAGACCAGUUCUCAAACAGGGGGGCCUGGCCCCAAAUGGAGUUGCGGGGGGCGUCACAUGGUUAUUUAAGGGGGGGUCGCGGUAUUGCCACCCUCACUUCUGUGCUGCCCUCAGAGCUGGGCGGCCAGAGUGUGGCAGCUGCUGAC